GGGAGGGGGCGGGCCUUCCCGGCCUUAAGAGGGGGCUGGCGCUUAUUGGGGGCUUCGUGGAGAGGUGGCCGGUCCAGUGCAGUGCAGAGCCGUCGGGGAAGUUCCUGUGGCGGGAAGGAUGCGUUGCCUUCUGGUGCUCCUGCUGCUUGCGGGCCUCUGUGGAGCCCAGCUGCUCUCACAGGGAGAAGGGUGUGGGAAACCAAACCUGCCGCUCCACAGUGCCCCCCUAUGCCAGCCACCUAUGUGCAAAGAGCCCCUGGAAAAUGGCUCAUUUGAAGCCGGCACCAUGCUGGAGUACGUCUGCCAACCUGGUUAUACUUUCGCCAGCCUGCCUGGCCUUGUCAUCUGCCACGGAGGGGAAUGGCACAUGGUUCAGGAUAUCCGUUGCAAGGCCCAAGGAACCUCUGUGACCCCACCCGCCAGCUCCUUCUCUCUUGCCAGCUCCAUCCCUCUGAUGGCAGGCACCUUGGUCUUGCUUUCAUCCUUGAUCCUGGCUCUUACACUCUGCUUUCUAGUCGCCAGAUCCGCACGCUCCCCUUGCGGCUGCACCAGCCAGGCGUACGAAACCUUGGAAGACUCGGACUUCGUGGUGGAGGGCAUGAAUGCGCUGGGUGCGAAUCACGUGGAGGACGCCUCUGUGUCCCUCCCCUCCUACGAUGAGGCAGUCUACGGUCACACGGGGGCUUCUGCACCACCUGCUAUCCCAGGCCUGAUACCCCUCGUUCUUUCGGUUCAGCCAGAAGUGUCGGGCCGCAGCUGUGUGCCAGGGGGGUCCCGGGGGGUGGAAGACCCUCCGCCCUCCUACCAAGAGGCUAUGGCUGAAGACCCCCUUGUGGCAGAGAGUGCUCUAGGUCGACAGCUGGCUGAGAGAUGGCCAAUGUUGCCUGCGUUCCACCAGGGAAAGUGAACUGAGCUGAGUCCCAGAGCCUUCCCCAUGCUGGGGUGGGGGAGCGGCUGCUGUUCUCCAAAAUUCUGCAACGUCCAAUGGGGGCUUCAGCAGCUGGAAGACCCAAGCGACAGUUGCGGCUUCCAAAUAAAGCUCCGCCCCCUCCCGUCAGCUGGAAGGGAAAGGGGGUGGAGCCCACCAUCAGUGCCUGAGGACCAAUGGGCUGCUUCCCCACCCUGGAAGGGCACGCCCUCUUCUUCCAUUUGACGGCUGGCCUGUCUGUCGUGACAAAAUGAGAGUCCAGAUUCUCUCCAACGUCUUUCUGUUCUGGAUAGAGAUUCUCUUAAGCUGUUGUUUUUUUUUUUUAAUGUUUUAUUUUAUUUUAUUGUCUUAUUGAAGCUGCUAUAGGGUGUUCUCCUCCCCCCCAAAAAGCACAAGGAGUCUUUAUUUGUGUAUGUGUGUGUGGGUGGGGGGGUGUUGUUCACGCACAGCUCACACAUGUGUUGCAGAAGAACUUCUCCCUCAUGCACAGUUUACAGGGUGCCAACUCCCGGAUAACUACCUGAUAAUCUGUUGACUCUGAUCCGGUGAAUAUUCUCCAAAGGUGGUCUGGUGGUUUAAAAAACAUUACCUUUGGUCUGUGGAUUAUUAAUUUUCCUUUUUUGUCUUUUAACUUUCUAAACCACGAGGCAUCCCAAAUGAGAAUUGGGCGGCUGAACGGCUUUUAAUCGUCGGUGGUGGGGAAAUUGGCCUUAUUUAAAAUUAAAAAGUUUUCUAAACA